UAUUGUUUAGCGAGCAACUGCCACCUGCUGCGGCCACUCUUGUACGGACCAAUGAUCCUCUCGCCUUCUACUAGCGAUCGAGCAUGAAAUGAGGCGAAGUCGUCGCGAGGCAAUUUAGGACUCGAUGGGCACGAACUCGUUCAGGAGGCGGAGCAGCGGCUUGCUCUCUCUCCGCUUAGGCUGCGGAGUCUGCUCCGACUCCAAGUCCGUCUCUGUGUCGGUCGCUAAGCUCACCUCGCAGGCGCGGACCGGUGCCACCGAGGAAUCCUCCGCCGACACCACGCUCACCGUCGCUGCCGCCAUAUUGUCCUCCUCCUCUUCCGACGGCGACGAGGAGGAGACUACCGGGCAGGUGCUUGCGUCCGCCAGCAAGCCGGCGAGCGUCUCCGAGUUACUCCGCCAGCUAGGCGAGCUGGAGCAGAGCGGCGCGGGCUGGAGCGGGGGCGUCUCGAGGAGCGAGAACCGCGGAGUCGAAGACAGCGAGGUGGUGGUGAAGGAGACGGCGGACCCGAUGGGCGAGUUCCGGAGGUCGAUGCUGCACAUGAUCGUGGAGAAGGAAAUCGUGGGCGGCGCGGAGCUGGGGGAGUUACUCCGUCGCUUCCUGGCUCUCAACUCGCCGCAGUACCACGUCGUCAUCCUCCGCGCCUUCUCAGAGAUAUGGGAGGACGUGUUCGCAGGGUACGAGCGGACGCCGGAUCUCCUGCGCCGGAUCUCCUCUAACAAGUUGCAAUCGACCUACAAGUAAUUAUGCCGCUUCGCUAUCUUAAUUGGUGUCUUGGGUAUAAAUUGUACAAGAUUUGGAGAACAAACAAACAUAUUUUCGAUUUCCCUGAACUAUCUGAGACACAUCUACAGCUCACAAAUAUCUAUAUAUCCUCGUCUUUUUCA